GAUCGAUGUGGGAGUCGCCGAGCUCUCCGGCCGCUGCGGAUUGAUUGUUGGGGUCGGUGGGCGGGCCCCGCGGUGGAGCCUCGUAACAAAUGGAGCUCGCGGCACGCGUGGGGCUCGAGUCGACGUUCGAGGAGAACAAGGGAUGGAGGAGACGAAUAGCUUUGUCUUCGCCUUCCCGACGAGUUGUUGUGCUUUUCUGUCUUAGUUCUCUUCUCACUUCUCCUCAUUAGCCUCUGUUUUCUGUACAUGUGUAUGUAGCCCGAGUGCUCGCUCUCGCCCUUUGUGCUGCGGUGGACGUCGACGCCGAGUUCAGGUUUUUGUUUUUGUGCUGGACCUAUGGAUGAACUUAAGACUUCACGGCUUAAGCAGGAGAGCAAAACAGCCAGUGCGAACAACUAAAUCACCCCCACCAAAACAGAAACAAAACAACGGAGGAGGGUCAACGCCCGGUUCUCUUCUCUUCUUCGAAGCGUGGAAAGGAUAGUUUCAUUUCCCCUCGAGCAGUAACGGAGUCCCCGUGUGGACCAAAAGCAGUGGCAGCGCAGAGCUACGCUACUCCACUCGCUCUCUGGCUUCCAGCGCUGUUGCAGGUUCUCCGGUUCUUGGCGCUUUAACUGUCGGAUGGACCAGCACCCUGAGGCUCGAGGCUGCACCGCCGGGUCCCGGUGCUCUGAGCUCGCCGUCCGCAGCGAGCCCCCCAUGACUUUAUCCAUCCACACCACCACGGGCACUCGCUUCGAGCUCUCUCUCCCUCCCGAGGAGACGGUGGACGGGCUGAAGAGGAGAAUUUCGCAAAAGCUCCGCGUGCCCAAAGACAGGCUCGCGCUCCUGCACAGAGACACGAGACUGAGCUCAGGAAGACUCCAUGAUUUUGGAGUUACGGAUGGGAGCAAGUUGACCCUGGUGCCAUCAGUAGAAGCAGGGUUAAUGACUCAGGCCUCUAGACCAGAGCAGUCCAUCAUGCAAGCCUUGGAGAGUUUGACAGAAACUCAGGUCGGUGACUUUCUUUCGGGCCGCUCUCCUCUGACCCUCGCCCUCCGCGUGGGCGACCACAUGAUGUUCGUGCAGCUGCAGUUGGCUGCGCAAAACUCAGGCGUCCAGCAGUCCACCACCAGGAGUCCCUCAGGCACGGCUGAGACGCCUACGGAGCCCUGCAGGGGUGGAGCCAGGCAUGUCCACAUCCCACCCACGCCACAUAGCAACCUGAGGGCGUCACAUGGACAUCACACUUACCCCACUCACUUCUCACCCCCCUCCAGCCCAACCCUUCCUGCUGGCUCUUCACCCCACCUCCACUCAGCUGCAGGUGCUCGCAGUCCUGUCCCGGGACAGUCCACCUACCCACAGGGUGAGUGCGGGACGCCGAGCUUCAGCAGCAGCUCCAGCUCGUGGCUGAGUCGGAAACCAGGCGCAGUGAUAGAAAGCUUCGUUAACCACGCCCCUGGGGUCUUCUCAGGAACCUUCUCAGGCACGUUGCACCCUAACUGUCAGGACAGUAAUGGACGUCCUCGCCGUGACAUCAGCACCAUCUUGCAGAUCCUCAAUGAUCUCUUGAGUGCCACACGCCACUAUCAGGGCACUCCACCUGCCCUUGCACAGCUCCGCUGCCACACACAGGGCCCCUCAUCACCCCGGGCAACACCAUCCGCUUCACCAUCACCACCCGCUUCACCCUCUUCACCAUCCACCAUACGGCUCCCAUCAGCUCCGACUUCACCGUCACCACCGUCACCUACCUCAGACAGAGCGUCUCUCAGCCAUAGCCGCAUCAGCAAAACCACCGGUGAGCCCUCCAGGCAGACAGAGAAUAAGGCCACACGCUGUAAAGUGGAGCGCCUCCAGCUUCUCCUGCAGCAGCGGAGGCUUCGGCGGCGGGCGAGGCGGGAGCCCCGCGGGCCAUACCACUGGUUGGCCAACCGCAAAGCGGCCCGCAGCCACAGCAACAGCAGCCUAUCCAGCGAAGGCUCUCUGGACCUGGACUACGACGAGGCACUCUGGAAGCCCGACGUUCAGACCGACAUGGGCUCCGAGUUCGUCCUGGCAUGAGAGAGAAGGAGAAGAAUGCUUGACCAGCGAAGAAAGGCUGCGGUACGCAAGCGAAAGAGCAAGGGACAAAAAGAGGAACACAGCUGAAAAAGAAAAGACGACGUAGUGUUUGCAGACUGAAGACCAAGAAGUUCUUCUGCGCCUCAGUGGUGUAGCAUCAUAUUGGAAUGGGAUGUGAGACUGUGGUGGUUUGGUCAUUCAGUCUGGACAACCAAGACACACAAAAUGUCUGAAUUGAAAGAGAACUCUUGCUCUUUUACGGUUGAUGAGGUGUACUUAAGGAACAUCUUUCGGGACGUUUUAUAGACCGGAUGCGUUCUGAACUUUAUUGGAACAUUCAGUGGAACUGUAUUUUCUCGUUGGAAACCCAUGUUUUGUUCUUGAAAGUCCAUUUUCUGUCAUUGGGUCCCUUUGUUUUGUAUUGGGAUCCCAUAAAUUCUCUUACUGGGCAUUGAUAAUUUCACUCAACAUGGUGGUGGUUUUAGUUGCUGUUGUUACAAAAUGCGUCAUGUAGCAUUACAAAGCAAGAAUUCAGGUUUUCGUCUCCAGUUUCUAACAUUUUGCACACUCCUGCAUUUUUAUCGACUCGUGAGCAUUAAGGUUUUUUUCCUUUUUUUUCAAUACUCAGCUUGAGAAAACUUGAGAGAAAUUGAACUGACUUAUUCAUGCGGUUUCAUUGUCGUCAACCUGCAAACUAAAAGAGCAUUUAAUAACGAAAAAGACACUUUCCUUUCGUGUUUUUUAUUUAUAAGUGGAGCCACCAUUCUACACUUUUUUUUUCAAAAUCGUGUGCACAUGUCGUAAAACUGUAUCUGCUGGUUAAAGUAUUAAGGUGAUAUUACAGUGCCUCCGUUUACCUUUUACUGUAUUGAAGCGUCAGAUAACACAGUCUGAAUUUUUUUUUCUUUUUUUUGCUGCUACAAAGGAUGAUGAACCAAGGAGAGUCUUGUCUGGCCAUUCAUCUCAUUAUAACUAUGACCUACUUCUGCAGGAAUGCAGCAGAUGCAUGCUUCUCUUAUGUACAUGAGUGGGUCACAGUUUAGCUCCGUAGAACCAUUUUACAGUCAGUUUGAGAAAUGACCAUUUUAGCCGGAUUUUUUGGGUAUCAUGUCAUUUUUUUCUUCCCCACUGUUUCAUCUGAUGUUGCACCAUAUGAAGCCUAGAAAUGAAGAUGUCAUUAACAUUUGUUCUCUUUGGCCCAUAGCCAUGUCAACAUUUGUAUGGCCUAGGAAAGACUGGGAAAAUGAUGUUAGAAAAAGACACUCGUCUUUAUCAUAGGUGGAUGGACCUUGUGUACAGUGGCCUUACCUGUCUUUAAAAUGGUGAAAAGUACAGGCACUGGAGACUUUCUAUGGAUCCUUUAUGUUUAUCAUGCUUUUUGUGUCCAGGCUGUCUAUCACUGCGAGGAUAUGACAGCUAUGUCCCGUGCUAGAGAAUGCAUUUUUGCGCUUCAACAACAUGACUGAGAUCAAGGGACGCUGUCUUUAUGUACACAAGAGCCUGUGUGUCUGUCUCCUUUUGUUGCAAGACGGCCUACAAAGACCUUCUCAGCUGAGGAAAAAAAUGUUAAAAGAGAGCGCUUGCUGUAUUUUUUAGAUCAUGAUGUAACGUCUGUCCUCCGUCUGAGCUUUUGUCUACUGUUCAUCCUGUCUUUUCUCAAUGUUACUUGUUUAAAGGUUUCAAAUUUUUGACUCUCCGCAAUUAAACUAAACAUUAGAAAUAUAUACCUGAACGGCACAUAAAAGGUCCAAUUGAACAGUGUCACCCUAUUAGUUUAUUGGAGCUGUCAUAACAAAUUCUCAUAUCUCAGUAAUGGUAACUUUAUAGGAGAUGGAAAAGUUCAAUGUACAUUAAUGUUACAAGUUUAUUUCAAGUAAAUUUAAGUUGAUAUGAUGGCGACAAUAAACCAUUACAACAGGCACUUCUGUUCCUGAACCAGGUCCCCAAAAUGCUCCCAGCCGAAUGCAUGUAAUUUAUUAGAAAGAGGCUGAAUUGAUCAUAUAAGUAGUUGAUAAGAAAACAUAUGCAUUUUGCUUUUAAAGUUGUGAUUGUGUGAUGCCAGUUUUGGUUCAUGCUGCAUUUUCUGUUGCCUGUACUGUCUUGCAGUCUCACAGCAGGAGGUGAGGAGUCUCAGCUCAUGGUCUUGCGCUAGGCCAGUGUAGCACGUUUUUUAUAACUGUUUUAAUUUAUAAAGCCGAUCUGGUAACUGUGAAGAAACUGUAUUUGACAUUGCUUUUCUCUUUUGUGUUUUUCCCUUCUCUUUUUUGUGUAAAAUUAAAGCUGGUAUUGUA